GGCUCUGGAGGCGGCCGUUCCUUCGGGUCACAUGACGCGCAGCUGCGCGGACGUCUGAAUGGCGCCGCCCUCGACACGCAGGUGGCCGCUCGUCCGCUGAGCAGCCGGAGGAGACCCCCGCCGCCGUGCAGUUACAGAGCAAACAGCAAAACUGACUUUCUCCAACUUGAAACAUGAUGUAUCACAACUACUGCUGUGUGAUUGGUCCCCAGAACAAGGACUGUGAUUGGCCAGUAGGGUUUGCAGUUCCAAUCCGCUUCUUCACUCAAUCACGCCUGUGUUUGUUUUGAGACCAAAGUCUCAGGCCGCUUUGGCUAUGGACGCUAAAGGCUAUCGACGUGAGAGUUUCCAGAGCAGUACCAGCGAUGAAGACAUGGUGGAGGUCGCAGGGGGGACGCUGGACUUCUUGGCGGACGACGUCCCUCCGUUGGACAGAGAGAUGGCGGAAGGGUUCUCCUCAUACAAUGGAGGUUGGAUGAACGGCACAAGCAAGAUGAUGGACUUCCUGGAAGAGCCGGUGCCCGGCGUGGGGACCUACGAGGACUUCAAUACGAUAGAUUGGGUGCGGGAGAAGUCUCGCGACCGGGACAGGCACAGAGAGAUCACCAACAAAAGCAAAGAGUCCACGUGGGCCCUGCUGCACAGCGUCAGCGACGCUUUCUCAGGAUGGCUGCUGAUGUUGCUUAUUGGACUGUUUGCAGGGGCGUUAGCUGGCUUGAUUGACAUAUCUGCCCACUGGAUGACGGACCUGAAGGAAGGGGUGUGCCUGAAUGGCUUCUGGUAUAACCACGAGCACUGCUGCUGGAACUCCCCUGAAACAACCUUCAAGGACAGGGACAAAUGCCCAGAAUGGAGGACCUGGGCCGAGCUCCUGACUGGCAAGGAAGAGGGGGCGCUUGCUUACGUCCUCAACUACUUCGUCUACGUCCUCUGGGCACUGACGUUCUCUCUCCUCGCUGUCUUGCUUGUCAGGGGCUUUGCUCCAUAUGCUUGUGGCUCAGGGAUCCCAGAGAUCAAAACUAUCCUGAGCGGCUUCAUCAUUCGGGGCUACCUGGGCAAGUGGACGCUGCUCAUCAAAACCAUCACCCUGGUGCUGGCCGUCUCGUCGGGCUUGAGCCUGGGGAAAGAAGGGCCCCUGGUGCACGUUGCCUGCUGCUGCGGUAACAUCCUUUGCCACCUCUUCACCAAGUAUAGGAAGAACGAGGCCAAGCGCCGAGAGGUCUUAUCAGCGGCUGCAGCGGCUGGCGUGUCGGUGGCUUUCGGCGCCCCCAUCGGAGGUGUCCUGUUCAGUCUAGAAGAGGUCAGCUACUAUUUCCCCCUGAAGACGCUGUGGCGCUCUUUUUUUGCUGCCCUCGUGGCCGCCUUCACCUUGCGCUCCAUCAACCCCUUUGGGAACAGCCGGCUCGUCCUCUUCUAUGUGGAGUUUCACAGCCCGUGGCACCUGGUGGAGCUGGUGCCUUUCAUCCUGUUGGGCAUUUUCGGGGGACUUUGGGGGGCGUUCUUCAUCCGCAGCAACAUCGCCUGGUGCAGGAGGCGCAAAACCACCAAGCUGGGCAAGUAUCCCGUGGUGGAGGUGAUCGCGGUCACGGCCAUCACGGCCAUCUUGGCCUUCCCCAACGAGUACACCCGGAUGAGCACCAGCGAGCUGAUCUCGGAGCUGUUCAAUGACUGUAGCCUCCUGGACUCCUCCAAACUCUGUGACUACCGCAACGAUAUUAACAGUACCAACAGCACCAAGUGGGACGACCUCCCUGACAGGCCGGCGGGUGACGGAGUCCGCACGGCCAUGUGGCAACUGGCCUUGGCCCUCCUCAUGAAGGUCUUCAUCACCAUAUUCACGUUUGGCAUGAAGGUGCCAUCAGGUCUCUUCAUCCCUAGCAUGGCCGUCGGGGCCAUUGCAGGCCGGUUGCUGGGCGUAGGGAUGGAGCAGCUGGCUUUCUACCACCACGAUUGGCGCAUGUUCAGAGGCUGGUGCAGCCCGGGGGCUGACUGCAUCACUCCUGGCCUUUAUGCCAUGGUGGGGGCUGCUGCUUGCCUAGGAGGAGUGACGCGCAUGACGGUCUCCCUUGUGGUCAUCAUGUUUGAACUCACUGGAGGGCUGGAAUACAUCGUGCCCCUGAUGGCUGCCGCCAUGACCAGCAAGUGGGUGGCAGACGCCAUUGGCCGGGAGGGUAUCUACGACGCCCACAUCCGCUUGAAUGGCUACCCUUUCCUGGAGGCCAAGGAGGAGUUCUCGCACAAGACUCUGGCCAUGGACGUCAUGAGGCCGCGGCGCAGCGACCCCGCCUUGACAGUCCUCACGCAGGACACCAUGAUGGUGGAGGACGUGGAGGCCAUCAUCAACGAAACCACCUACAGCGGCUUCCCGGUGGUGGUGUCAAGGGAAUCCCAGCGGCUCGUUGGUUUUGUCCUGAGGCGAGACCUCAUCAUCUCCAUCGAAACCGCCCGGAAGAAGCAAGAGGGAAUUGUGAGCAGCUCCGUUAUUUAUUUCACUGACCACUCCCCGCCGCUGCCUCCCAGUUCUCCGUCCAGUCUGAAGCUCCGGAGCAUCCUCGACCUCAGUCCUUUCACUGUGACAGACCAAACGCCCAUGGAGAUUGUGGUGGACAUUUUCCGCAAACUCGGGCUACGGCAGUGCCUGGUCACGCACAACGGGAAGCUUUUGGGGAUCAUUACCAAAAAGGAUGUAUUAAAACACAUUGCACAAAUGGCAAACCAGGAUCCAGACUCCAUACUGUUCAACUGAAUAUGGUUAAGGGGGGGGAGGGAUGUAGCACCCUUCUCCCCCCCCCCCACCUGGAACUUUAUAGAACGGACUCCCAAAACCUUUGUUUCUCGCUUUACUGAGAAUUUGGAGCGGUCUUCAGUUUCCCCCAUAUGGAGCUAACGAUAAUCAUGUUUUAUUUUAUUUUUUCUACAAGAUAACCAAUUGCACUAUAUAAUCUGUGGAAAUUAAUCUUCUCUUUAGAAGAAAAGACUUUAUUAUAUAAUUCUUUUGAAGUUGCAUUCGGAGAGAGAUCCCAUGAAGGAGUAAAAGAAACAAUAUAACUGAA